AAACCCUCCUCUAGUUCACUUCGCUUCUGGGUUCAGUGUUGGGUGCAGUCACUCCCCAUUUGAACCCUUCAGAAGAGGCAUGAAAUUUGAAAAGCAGCAAUACUUGUGUCUGGAGGAAGCGAAAACUAGAUGCCCAGGUGAAGUUUAAGCUCCAAAUUCUGUCUUCUUUCCUGCAUAAGCCUGUUCUGUUGAAAUGUUUUUUGUUUUCAAUUCUCACCAUGCAAUUCGCAAAGCAAUUGCUAAUCCUCACAAGGUAGCUGAUUUCUUUCAGUUACGUCCUUCUGUAUUUGGUAUUGAUUUUGCAUAUAGAUCCACAUGCAAUAUUUGUGGUCACCCUUCUGCGUUAAUUUUGUUCAAUUCGUUUUCCUCUUCUUUAGCUUCAAGAAAUGGAGAAAGAGAGGAUUUUUAUGAUAGCAACGAUGGUUCUAAAAAGUUUAGACUAAUGGGUUUUCAUGAUGCUGAGUGCAAAAGUAGUAGUUUUGACGAGAUUGAAGGAGAUGUAGAAUGUAGCGAUAGUGAUAAUGAUGAUAAUGAUAUUUUGGUUGUGAAUUCUGUUAAUAGAAACCAUGGUCAAAAUGAAGGCGUUAGGAAAAUUGAGAUAGAAGAAGAAGAAUUUCGACACCCUUUGGUGAGAGAAAUUUGUAGGUUGAUUGAACUUAGGUCGACUUGGAAUCCUAAGCUUGAAGGGGAAAUGAGGCGUUUACUAAGAAGCCUCAAACCUCGACAAGUUUGUGCUGUUUUGCAGUCCCAAGAUGAUGAAAGGGUUGCUUUAAAAUUUUUCUAUUGGGCUGACCGGCAAUGGCGGUAUAGGCACAACCCAAUUGUGUAUUAUGCAAUGCUUGAGGUCCUUAGUAAAACUAAAUUGUGUCAAGGUGCUAGGAGAGUUCUUCGGCUCAUGGCACGUAGAGGAAUUGUGUGUCAGCCUGAAGCUUUUGCUUAUGCAAUGGUGGCAUAUAGUCGGGCAGGUAAGUUGAGGAAUGCAAUGCAAGUCUUGACUGUUAUGCAGAAAGCAGGUAUUGAACCUAAUUUGUUGAUAUGUAACACUACCAUUCACAUUUUGAUAAUGGCAAAUAAGUUGGAGAAGGCACUUAGAUUUUUAGAGAGAAUGAAACUUGUUGGAAUCACACCAGAUGUUCUCACUUAUAAUUGUUUGAUCAAAGGAUACUGUGAUGUUCAUCAAAUUGACGGUGCCAUGGAGUUGAUUGCUGAAAUGCCCCUCAAAGGAUGCUCCCCGGAUAAAGUUAGUUACUAUACUGUGUUGGGUUUUCUUUCCAAGUACAAGAGGAUCAAAGAAAUAAAAGACUUAUUAGAGAAGAUGAUGAAGGACAAUAAGCUGUUUCCUGAUCAGGUUACUUAUAAUACUCUAAUUCAUAUGCUUUCCAAGCAUGGGCAUGCAGAUGAAGCAAUUGAGUUUUUAAGGGAAGCUGAAGAAAGGGGAUUUCAGGUUGAUAAAGUUGGGCAUAGUGCUAUAGUUGACUCAUUUUGUAAGCAGGGAAAGAUAGAGCAGGCAAAAGCAAUUGUGAAUGAAAUGUUCACUAAAGGUUGCUCUCCUGAUGUAGUGACGUAUACUGCUGUGGUUAAUGGACUUUGUAAGGUUGGGCAGGUAGAGGAGGCUAAAAAGAUGCUUCAGCAAAUGUACAAGCAUGGAUAUAAGCCAAACACUGUAUCCUAUACUGCCUUGCUAAAUGGGCUUUGUCGAAAUGGAAAAUCAUUGGAGGCAAGGGAGAUGAUGAACAUGAGCGAGGAAGACUGGUGGACCCCAAAUGCUAUCACUUAUAGUGUUGUGAUGCAUGGGCUGCGAAGGGAAGGGAAGCUGGCUGAGGCUUGUGAUGUGGUGAGAGAGAUGCUUAGGAAGGGAUUUUUCCCAACUCCUGUUGAAAUUAAUUUAUUAAUUAAUUCACUUUGCUGGGAGGGAAAAACAGUUGAUGCAAAAAUAUUUAUGGAGGAGUGUUUAAAAUGGGGUUGUGCUGUCAAUGCAGUAAACUUUACUACUGUGAUUCAUGGAUUUUGCCGGAAGGAUAAUAUAGAUGCUGCUCUGUCAUUGCUGGAUGACAUGUACCUAAACAACAAACAUCCUGAUGCAGUCACUUAUACAACAAUAAUUAAUGCACUUGCAAAGAAAGGUAGAAUAGAAGAGGCUACUAAAUUUACUCUGCUGAUGCUUAAGAAGGGAUUGGAUCCUACACCUGUGACAUAUAGAACAGUGAUCCACUGGUAUUGUCAAAUAGGAAAAGUGGAAAAUUUAUUAAAAUUAUUGGACAAAAUGCUUUCACGGAAAAAAUGCAGAACAGCAUAUAAUCAAGUUAUUGAGAAACUAUGUAGCUUUGGAGACCUGGAGGCAGCUGAUAAACUCUUAGGUAAGGUUUUGAGAACAGCCUCAAGAAUUGAUGCUAAUACAUGCCAUGUGCUAAUGGAGAGCUAUUUGAGUAAAGGGAUUCCUCUAUCAUCUUAUAGAGUAGCUGUUAGAAUGUUUAACCGGAAUCUGAUUCCUGAUUUGGAGUUGUGUGAAAAGGUGAGUAAGAAACUGACAUUAGAAGGAAAAUCAGAGGAGGCAGAUAACCUCAUGCUACGUUUUGUUGAACGAGGAAAUACCUUACAUCAUGGUCAACAUAUCUCACAAAGCUCGUGAACAUCAUUUUUUGCCAAUGAUACCUUCAAGGGCUUCAAAUGGUUGAUUUACUGAAACAUGGACAUAACAUAAACUUCUGAUGUUAUCUACACAUACAAACAUCGAAAAGGAAAGACCAAUACAAGUUCUGUGUUGUAUCAGGCAUACAGUUGAUUUGCGCUAAAAUGUGCUCGGAGAACUUGAGGAUGGGACCUUUCUGACUUAGUCAACACCAUGGAAAGCAAUGAUCUCUUAUGACUUUCUUGAUGGGGGAACAAGAAGCGGCACAUUGGGAUUCAUGUGAUGGGGCGUUGCUGAUGGUAGCUAAGAGCUUUUUCUUUUUUGAACCAGACUGGGAGGCAAUUGUUACUUGUUCAGGUUUUGUCUCUCCCUCUUACAAAUUUUCUGGGUUUUGUGGUGGUUUCAACUUUCAUGUUGUAAAUUUAUUGGUCCCCGUAAUCAGAGAAAAUCUCAUAUGAAACAAUUGAUGUUAUUUGAGUAAUUUUAGGUGGUAGUUUUAGUAAUUAUAGGACAAAGUUUUGGUAGUUCUUUUAUAGAUAUAUGCAUGUGUCCUGCGGCACUGUGCAAGUGGUUAGUCUAUAUGACAAGUGAUGGGCUAGGUUCAUGAAAGCAUUCCUCCCGAUUAUUGUCUAUUUGGAAACCGAUUCACUGGUUAAAUCUUUACUGGUAGAUUACCACUUGUGAUGCUGUCUUUACUCUAAUUUGUAGGCCCUGGAAUAGCAGAAACAACUGUAUUUCAUUUCUGUGACUAAUUGUGACUAAUCAUCAACUACUGGUUCCUGAAGUGCAAUUGAAUUUGGGUAGGAAGCAAGCAGCAGAUCACAACUUGUCAUGCUGUCUUUGUUCUAUUAUGUGGGUCCUUUGGCAAGGCAGAAAGAACUGUACUUUUUUUCCCAUUACUAAUCAUCAACUACUGGUUCCUGAAGUGUAAAUGUAUUUGCAUAUGAAGGGAACAGAUGUUUCCUCGUCUGGAAUGACAGCUUAGAAUUCUUUAUGGUCAAGAAGUAAACAAGUCUGGAAUGGAGCUUAACCAUGUGUUUUCUGGAUGUGCACUGAGCUAAAGUUUAUUUGAAAUUUUAUUUUAUUUUUUGACCAUGGAGGGAUGAAAUGAAUCUGAGAACAUAUUUAGAUUUAUGUUCAAAAUUUGGUUUACUGAUCCAA